GCUGGAUACUAGCUAGUACCUUGAGGAUCGAUGAUCCUACUAUUAUUUUAUUAUACCCUCCGGCAAAGUGGAUUGAAGAUUGACGCAGCUCGUCUUAUUGCAUUAUUCCACCUGCGAUCUCGAUCCCCAUCACGAUAGAGGAAAGGGAACAUACAAGCUAGCGAUGGCGGUACCAUCAGUUGUGUUUGUUGAUUCUGUCUGUCGGUUACGAACCUCGCACACAUCUCGCCAGUGCUAGCUAGCUUGUUGUGCUGCGUGAGUACCGGUACCACCAUGUCCCUGGAAGAGCAUAAGACGGGUCUCUAUGUGAUCAUUUCAAUCUACUUUUGUGUCCUGCUGGUAUGUGCCGUAUGGGCCAACAUUCAGAAUCGAAGAACGGCGAAUCGCCAGACAGCUCGCAACAAUGGCGUGCUGAAUCUGAGUACCAACAGCACCCACGGCUCUGCGGAAGUGAGUGCUCGGAACAACAUCAAUGGGCUGGCAUCGGGUGCAUCCAUCGUUUCCGCUAUUGGAUUUUCUCCCGCCGUCAGCGAGAAUGUGGACAUCUUGUACAGCCACUAUUUGGGAGGCCGGUCCUUGGGGCCGGUCCUUACCACGGGAACCAUCUUUGCAAGCUUUUUCAGCGGCUACACAGUUGUAGGAAUCCCCAAUGAAGCCUACUCAAAGAACGGUUUUAUGGCCCUGCGUUGGCUGGCUUCAAGCAUGGCAAUCAUGACUGGAGUUUUGGGGACAGGCUUGAGACUACGAAAGGCUGCAUUAGUGCGAAAUCACAAGACAUCCGUUGACUUUAUUACGGAUAGAUUCCAAAGCCAAGUAUUGAGGUACACCGUGCUGAUCCUUCAGAUUGUCCCAUCUAUUUUCUACUUGACGGCACAAGUGGUGGCCUUGAAGUCUACUUUCAAUUCAAUCUUUGGGCUCGACCAGGACGAAGCAUAUCCAGUUUUGAUCAUCAUGGCAAUCACUCUGCUUUUGGAAUGGGUGGGUGGAUUGCGUUGUGUAGCCAUGACGGACUGUGUCCAAGGGGGGGUCAUGGCUGUGGCAUACUUAUGCUUACCGCCCAUUAUUGCAAAGCACUUUGGUGGCUGGAAGUCCAUCGACCCAACUGUCUACCCGAGACCAGACUUUUAUCAAACACCGACCCGUGCGGCCCAGUUGAACAUGUGGCAAUUCUGCAUCACGCUUUUUUCCUUCUUUUCAUUUCCACACAUGAUGCAACGAAACUAUGCUGCACGAGACCUAGUCUCCCUCAAGUACGCAUACGCGACAAUGGGAGCUGGAGUUUGGGUUCUCAUGCUCGGGGGAGUCUUCAUCGGGACAGUGGCAGUCCAGAUCUUAAAAGAUCUUGGCAAGGAUGAGACAGUGACCAAUGCCUUCACUGAACUGUUGUCGGAGGUGAUAGGAUUGGGAGGAUUCCCCAAACUGGUGGGGCUCUUAGCUGUCACUGCCACUUUGGCGGCCAUUAUGAGUACAGCCGAUUCCCUACUGGUGGCCAUAUCUCAGCUGGUCACGGAAGAAGUAGUGUACCCCUUCUCUCCGGAUGCUUCACCAGCCACCAUGGUUUGGGUUGGGCGGGCUGUGUCCUUCUGCGCUGUUGUCAUUUCUUCUCUGAUGGGCAUUUCCUGGGACAAAGGUGUCAGUGAAGUUGCCAGUAUCAACUUUCAGCUAUCAGCGCAGUCUAUAUGGAUCUUUCUCAUCGGCUUGUUUGCCAAGGAGGACUAUGAUUGUCAUCCGUGGAUCCUGGCUUUCAGUGCCAUGAUCACAUUCGUUUAUGUGUUUGCCAUUUACUUCGGUUACAUUGCAUCCGCAGGGGCUGAUGUUGCAUUGGACGCGGGGGUCUCUGGGUUGGCCAUACAACUGGCUUUGAUUGUCGUCCUCGAAUCGAUUCGCAGAAAGUUCUUCCCUGAACGAAGGGAUUAUCGGCCUGCACCCAUGAUGUCAUUGGAUCGCAAUCAACAAGCUGCAACUCAGCGAGAUCUGAUCUUCAACAGACCCAAAUGGGACGUCCCUCGUAGAUCUCGAUUUGGAGAGAAGCCCUUGACUCCGGACCUCCUUUGGAGGAUGAUGAACGGCGUAAAGGAACCGAUGACAAAUGCUUGGUACUCCUUGCUCAUGUUCUUCGCCAUCUUGUGGUCUACCCCAUGGGUCCUCCCAGGUGUUCCCGACAACAUUCAAAACCUUGGCGAAACUCUCUUGGGGAGUCUUCCUUGGUGGGUCGUCAACAUGAUUGCAACCCUCCUGAUCCCAACCGUUAUGAUGUAUUAUUCAAUCUACGUAAUGCCUAAUCGGUUCCCACGCUAUGUUCGACGAACACCGAAAAGGACAAGGAGCGGAAGUGCCAUUUCUCUGAAUCCGGCGCCUGCCCCUUCACCUAUAAUGUCAACCCCAGAUAUGGAAGAACCAGACCCCGACGUCCUCGAACUGACUCCCGAAGAGCUGGCACAUCGAACUGCUUACGACGAGCGAAACGAUUUGGUGUACAAACGGCGGCGUCAAAUCCUUGAAAAACUUGGCAUCCCUCCAACGGAGAUUGAUAGCAUUGUUGCUUCAACACAACAGCAACUGCAAAACUACAAUAUACAACCGCAUUUGUGAGACUGGAGUUAACCACGAGAGGCGAUCUGGUGAUUUGGCUUUUUCCUUGACUGGAAGUGAAUUCUGUCAAAGCUUGGGUUGUCCUUCCCCAAGCAGGAAGACAACCAAUUGAUAUUUCGCCGAACAAUACUGCCUUACGCCACAGGCAAGAAUAUGGUUGUGAGCCAUUGUGGUCGUCAUUGUUAGUCCUUUGGCACCGCGAGACUGCUCCUUAAUUGGUCGGCAAUGUCACGUUCUGGGGUAUUCUAGGAUAGACACCCAGUGCUUCCACUGUUUUGUUUUAUCAGCUGCCCAGACAGGACAUAGCCAUCACCCAAGCUGGCAGCUAGGAAUUGGAUCCGUGUGAUUUGGUCUGCUGGGUGUUGACAUUCCGGUACCGUGUUGCAAUGGACCCAUCCAAGGAAUGCUCCGCUACACUGGUCAACCAAGACAAUUAGUUGAGCUAGCUAUAGUAGCUAGAUGCAAGCUGAUGUUUAUCCUCCCUUGAAGGUUUCGUCUUAUGAGCUUUGAGAUGGAUUGGCCAUCCAUGCAGAUCAAUGGAAUCGAAUUCAUUCAAAUCAAUCGAUCGAAGCAUUCAAUCGAUUAAAAGGGUCCGAUCGAGUCAGUGUCUGAGUCGGUGGGUUAUUGCCGUGCACUCGUCUUCCCCAUCGUUAUCCAAGCCACAAGUAUUUCGAUGGGUACGGUAGCAGGGUUCUUAGAAACAAACAUUCAAUGAACCAACGCGGUCAAAUUCAAAGCCCAAUGGGAACAUGUACAUGUAGUACCGGUAGCAGAGAAUGAGAAUCCGUCCAAUCGCGAUCAAAUGCGCACCUCCAGCUUUUUUUGUUUUCUUUAUAUACAACAAAAUUGCAUUCAAGCAGUGGCACGGUCUUCGGACCGUGCAUUAAACAAACGCUUUCACAUACAGAGAAAAUUAGCAUGGUCUCUGAGCAAGAAUGACACGCGUAAUUUGAAGAGUGAAGCACCUUUUUUUUGUUAGUUGACCCCUGAUCUCUGCAGUGAUGAUGAUUGCAUUGGUUGGAGCUGGCUACGGUAGCUACAUGUAGUAUUUGUAGAACAGUAGAGCAGACUUUGCAGAGGUUCUCACACUGCAGUGUUGAACCGGGAAGUAAUGGGGCUGGGCAUCAAAUAGGGGUGCCCAACCUCAUUGCUUCCUCUGAGAGAUGUGACCAACAAACAUUCGUUGCCACAGCAUCGCCCAUACCGGUACAGUAGUCUAGCUAGCUAGCUGAGUGCUUCACAGCUUCAAAGGAGCCAGAGAGACGGACGUGACAAAAGAAGGAAAAAGUGAGACUCCAAGUCGGGGCCUCGGCCUCAACACUCAACAUUCGAUGGGUCCAAAAGUGGUGCGGCCGGAGUGUGCUUGGCUCGUAAGGCUGGCUGCAACAAUAAGCUAAACUCUAUGCUUACCGGUACGACACCGGAGCCAGCCAACCAAGAGGGAAUCUUUGAGAGGGGAAGUAUCAAAAUUGCUACCGUAUUAGCUAGCUGACCAUCUAGAGU